GUGCGCGUGUGCGUGCGUCCCGCUGUAUCGUCCGGUGUCCUCUUCUUCCUCCUGCUCUGCGGUGACAUUGGGCCGCGAGCGAGCGAACGAGGGAACAUAGCCGCCGAGUCCCGCAGCCGCCGCCAUGUUCCGCAUGAUCUUCAGCCAGGCCAAGAAGCACCCGAGCCUCAUCCCCCUGUUCGUGUUCAUCGGCGCGGGCGGCACCGGGGCCACGCUGUACGUGAUGCGCUUGGCCCUCUUCAACCCCGAUGUCAGCUGGGACAGAAAGAAUAACCCAGAGCCUUGGAACAAGAUGAACCCCACCGACCAGUACAAGUUCUACUCAGUGAAUGUGGAUUACAGCAAACUGAAAAAAGAAGGCCCAGAAUUCUAAGUGAAAAUGAUGCUUUUCAGCUGCUGAAAAUAAAGGUCUUCCACAAGCCGUCCGCACAAUUCUGCAUACAGUUAGGGAAUGCUUGAUUAUUCCCUCAUGUUGCAUGAAAUCAUGUUGAGUUUAACAGAUGAAUAAAGAUGUGAAACUUGA